UCAGCAGCUAGUACCGACCCACGUCAGACGAAAACAGUGAGAGAACGAGAGAGAGAGAGAGGGAGCACCCACACAGACACACACGGCUGUUCUUCUCCCUCUUCUCUGUGGGUAUUUUGUUUCGUACGCCAUGUUCGUCAUGAGAGCGGUGGUGGCGGCAGCGCUUGUGUUGUUGGGGUUGGUGGAUGCGUUCGUCAGCCCAUCUGCUUUCGUGAGGGCAACAGGAAGCAGCAGGGCAUGUGCUUCGGCAACAGCACGGGCAGCGGGUGCGAUGCGCAGCAGGCCGACCAUGAAAGUGAUCGAUAUUGGUUCGUUCGCCGAGCUCGACAAGCUCACCUCGGACAACAAGGACAAGCUGGUGGUUGUUGACUACUCUACCACCUGGUGCGGUCCCUGCAAGAUGAUCCUGCCCAAGUUCGAGAAGCUCGCAGAGCAGUACUCGGAUGCGGUCUUCGUAAAGGUGAUUGGGGACAGCACGAACGACGCGUCGCAGCUGAUGAAGAGGGAGGGAGUGCGGUCGGUACCUUCAUUCCACUUCUGGAAAGACGGGAAGAAGGUGGAAAAGGUGAACGGGGCAAACGAAGAGGCGCUCGAGCAGACCCUCCGCGACUUCCACUGAUUUUUUUCAUCUUGGAGGGGAGGGUUUCCGCUCAAGUAGGGAAGGAAGGACAGGCAGGGCCUUAAGGGCACGGGGAAUAGUCGUGGGGGGGCUAGGUGGGCGCAAAUUUCACCAGGAGGGGGGGAGGGGGAGGAAGCCGCUUGAUUUUUUUACUUAAAUUUAUCGUUGCUGCUGUAGUUUAGUGCUUGCGAGGGGCGUUGCUUCGUUUCCUCGGAGUAGGAGACGCCGAGGGAAUUAGUCGGUGGUGGCGUUUGUUGUCCGUUUUGCGGAGCUGGUUUGCUUGUUUGCGGGCGGCUCUCGCUGCGCGGCGGACUCUCUCGCGCCCUUCUCACGCGUGUUGGAUGUUGUUGUUGCAGUCCGUCGGAUGUGCUGAUGGCGAAAAUAGGGGGAGCCCUUCUUCGACAUAUUAUCAUUCGAUCCCUUUUGGUCGCAAGUCCGGCGAGUGCUGCUGCUGUAGUGCGUGUCUCCCUUAAUGUCCGCAGCGUUAGGGCUGGUUGCCGCGUACAGGCGAAACGGCCAACAGGCACUCUCUCGUCAUACAUAGCGCCGCUACAUACGUCCAUGCCCUUUCGGCCGGGUCCCAACAGCAGAAACUAGUACCUUUGGAGGGCAGGUACUCGGUUGGUGUUGGGUAGGGACAUACCCACACAGAGAAAUAAGUAGGGCUGCAGUCCCUCAUUCCGCGGCGCCCCGUCUGCGCUACUCACUUAUCACUGCGUCGGUAAGGUUCGCCAACAUAGGAACACUUUCUUGUGGGUCCAAGUCAAUGAGCCUCGGCCGCUUCGAGAGAGGGUAGGGUAUUGGUGUUUCAGGUUGAUUCUGGUGGGCGCUUUUUUCUUGUUCCUGGUUGGUUGCGAGCGUCUUGUGAUCGUACAAGGGCGGCUCGAAAACAGAAACUCAGUUGGCAUCGCAAAUGGAAGUGUGCCACCGAUAAGAGGGAGAGGGACAGGGAGACAUUAGAUAGAGUAACGGGAGAGAGAGAACAUUACCUAAAGCAACCGCCGUACAGGCGCUGGUAGAGAGACCCUCUGCGUUCUUAUUCGAAGGGUGCAGCUUUUGUUUGAUGGAGAGGGAGGGGGGGGGGGGGGGGGGGGGGGGGGGGGGAUCGUGACGUAAGGUGGGUAGAGUUGGUGUUUCCCGUGCAUACCGCAUGUAGAGAAGACAACGAAGAACCGCAUUCCGUAAAAACCCGCUGAUUGGGUGUAUUCGAGUUAGUUUACAUACCCCCCCUGGUGGUAUCCAGCUUUGACGCCAAAGUUGCGUCGGCGUAGAGUAGAGGGAGAGGGUGUGGGGGGUGCUGCUGCACAUGCGGCACCAUGUCUACUGUUGGCCACAGCACUUGAAGGAAGUUUACAGGCGGGUUUAGAAAUUUCUGAUUGUGUGGUCAAAGUGACGAUUGCGACAACAAGGAGGAGCUCCUCCAUGCGCAGUGUGUACAUGUUCUGGUUGGCCAAGCCCUUCGAGGCCGUGGAACUGGCGGGCAGAGAAAAAUGCUGACGAUGUGGUCAAGGUGGAGUCGGCGUGACGACUGCAGCAAGGAGCAGAACCAAGACGGUGUGGCAACUGCCAUCUCUCUUGUGUCUUGGCUCUCGGCCGCUGUGCGCUAUCUG